AUGUAUUUAUCUUUAAAAAGUAUAUUUGAUUUUGUACAAUGUACCACAAGUUCAAGAAAUGCUGUUGAAGGUGAAGAAGUUUUGAGAGCCAAACAAAUUAUUUUAUGUGGUAAAGUUCAGCAGAAGAAUGGUUUAUUGAUAAGAGCUUUAGUUAUACAAAGUUCUCAUAUUCGAGAUAAACCUCAUGAAAUUUCUGGGACAUUGAAUGUAGAUUCAACAGCAAUUAAAAUUGAAUCAUUUGUCUGUUCUUGUGCUGCUGGUGCUUCUGAAAGAUGCAAACAUGUUUUUGCUGUAUUGCUAUUCUUAAAUAGAAAUAAUUUAAAUGAUAUUGAUACUCUAUGCUCUACUGACGUACAAUGUCAGUGGUCAAAGUUAAAAGAGCCAUCUCUAGAACAGUUAAUACAGUUAAUACUAAAACAGUUCAUACCAGUCUCUAUAGAACAUUUUUGUUGUGUGAAGUCUACUGAAAAAGUUUCAUUGGCAUUUACUUCAUCAGAACUAAGAUCUGCUCUUAUAUCUGCUGCACCACAUUUUGCAAUAGCUCUGCACAGUGUAGGACGUAAUCCUGAAGGAUUAUCUUCAAAUAAAAAUGUUACAAUAUUAGUAGAGCCAUAUUUUGUUUUCGAUAGUCAUCCAAUUUUACUAUCACUAAAUAUGUACGGUGUUCUGAAUCUUGGUGACUGCUGUCAAACCAUUUAUGAUAGUAAAAUUAAACUUAAAGAUAGCCCUAUUAAUAUUAGAUCAAAAUCUUUAAUAGAUAAGUCUUAUUGGCAUCAAAUACGACAAUUUAAAAUUACUGGUAGUAGGUGUUAUUCAUUAUUUACUUACUACACAGCUUCAAAAAAGACUGAUUCACAGUGGGCUCUUAAAGCCAGCAAAUAUUUUUGGCCUAAUACUUUUUCUAAUAAGUUUGUAAAACAUGGAAUAAAAUAUGAGAGUGUAGCGAUAGAGUUAUUUGCAAGGGAUAGUAAGCAAAAAAUGAUUCCUUGUGGUUUCGUUACUAGUUACGACAACCCCUGGUUAGGUUAUUCACCUGAUGGUAUAAUUGUCAAUAAUUUUAAUGAACCAACUAAACUAGUUGAAAUAAAAUGCCCAUACCUUGGUAGUUGGUAG